AUGUGAUUUUCUUGCACCUAAACUGUUCAAGAAAAUUGUAAUUUUUUUGACGGGCGUAUCAUGCUGUGGCGCGGCACUUUAUUGUGUUAUGCCAUGGAAAAAUCCACUGAAACAUCGACAGUGAGAAGAGCCUCAGAUCUCCCAAUAAGUGCCAAAAGUACAGUAUCGGGUGGCCUUGUGCAUCACAUCGAGUCAAGUACAGCCAGUGUUAAGUUAACGGGGCAUCGUGUCAGGAAGCUCUCCGACACAGAUUCAGAUUUCUCUUCAUCAGAGGAGGAAGAGAGAGACUACACAAUUACAGAGAUUGACCUGAAUAAGGAAGUGGGACCUCCGUCAGGGCUCGAAGACACAGAACCACUCAGCGAUGAAGAUAGUGGGACCGUGACAGUGAAAAGCUCAAACAACCGGGAACAGUUAGAUUCACUGCAGACAUCGGAACCUAAAGUCAAAGUCAUUGUAGAAGAGUCCAGACAAAAGUCAGAGCUGAAGAAAAUAUUUUCUGUGGACAGAUUCAAUCCUUUUGACAGAGAUUUACACAUGGAGGAGAACCAUUAUACAGAGGAAGUCAUACCAGCUAUCAGUGAACAGGAUUUUAGAUUCAAGUCCAGUAACGGAUCUAAUGGCAGCUCUUGGACGGACAUUUCUGAUGACAAUCCAGACAUUACGAAUGCUGACCUGGGACUAGCAGAGGAUCACUUCUCUCACCCUGAGGGACAUUUUGGGCUGAGUAGCACAGAGGAGAUGGAGAUGGCUAUAGAGAAUUGUAAAGAUUUGAUUGGUCAAGCCCAGCCUCAUUCUGACCGACACAAAAAUCUUGUCCAGAAACUGGUUCAACUGAGACUGAAGCUUCAGGAGUUAAAGGAUGGCCCAGAACCUGUCCCACUAGAUGUUAAGCUGGUGGUGGGACACAAAUUCCAGACCCAGGAGAGUCGGAGUACAAAGUACUACUGUGAGAAGUGUAACGCCAUGAUUCUGGGGGUCAUACAGAAAUGGUUCAAAUGUUCAGAAUGUGGAUAUAGCUGUCAUGAAAAGUGUCUUAAUACAAUAACUAGAAUGUGUGCCAGUCAGAAGGUGCUGGAUAUCCCUGAAUUCUGUCUUUCAAUUUGUCCAAACAGAGGUUUAUCUGCCCAGAACUACAGGUGUGCAGAAUGUAGGAAAGCCAUUUCAUUCCAGUCAGGUUUCAGUGAGCCUCGGCUUUGUGAUUACUCAGGAAAUUAUUUUUGUGAACUUUGUCACUGGAACAAUAUUAUGGUCAUUCCUGCCAGAGUUCUACAUAACUGGGACUUUGAACCCAGAAAGGUGAGUCGUGCCUCUAAGCAGUUCCUGAAGCUGAUGACCUCUAAAUCUGUAAUGAGAAUCCAGGAUGUCAACCCCAUGCUGUUCAAUUUCGUAGAGGAACUCAAUGAUGUCAAG